CAUUCGUAAAUAGUUUCAUUACUGCAUUAACAGUAGUUUUAUUUGUAAAAGUAGUCAGAACAUGUGAUUCUUGCGAACACUGAGAAUGUCUGAAGAGAAAUGGUAUCAUGGUCGACUCAGUCGACAAAGAGCAGAAGAACUUGUCUUCAAAGCAGGGUUGGACGGAAGUUUUGUUGUUCGUGCAAGCGAAAGUAUCAUGGGAGCGUAUGCUCUCAGCGUUCUGCACGGUGGGUCAAUACAUACAUAUCGGAUAUUGCCAACAGACAGUGGACUCCUCGCUGUGCAGACAAUCAACGGCGUCCAACAGAGGAAAUUUACUUCAAUAUCGGAGUUGAUCACAGCGUAUCGUAGUCCACAGAAUGGUCUCGUUUGUGGAUUGACCAAUCCAGUAGGGCCGACAUCUGACAAACCAUCUCUCGCUCCUCCACCAGCUGUUGCAACACCGGUUCCAACUCGUGGGGAUGCCAUAGGAUGGUUCCCAGCCAAUACAGGGUUCAACAGCGGCACACCCACUGCCGAACCACCCAGGCCUGUGUUGCCAGUAUCUAGUCUCCCAGUAUCGAGUCUCCCUCAGACCCAACCAAGAUCAGGAGUUCGUGUGAUGCUCGAUGAUAAAAUGUUUCCACCUCAGAGAGGGAGGGAACUCCCGCCUGUCCCCCCUCCUAACAGAGAUGCACCGCAGAGACCAGCAGCAAAGGUUGUCCCUCCCCCUAGUGGCAGCAAUAGUACGAUUGCUUUGGAAAUCCAUGAAAAACUGAAGGAACGUGUGAAAUCUAUCGCAGGCGCUUAUCCGAACAUUGGUUCAUCGUUUAUUGAUCAACUUCAACAAUAUUGCAACGACAAUGCAAAACAGGAUAUAGACGGCGUUCUUAAUAACGGAAGUCAGUGUGCUGAAAUGCAGAAAUUGCUCGCUAAGGAAGCCGGGAACUUGCAAAAAGAGCUGGGAGUAUUUUUGCUGAAGAUCAGUGCAUUACGCCAACUUUUCGAUGUUCAAAGUGCAGUGACACGUGAAGGUCAUGACCCCAGAUCAGAUCGAGACGUUGAUCUUGAAUCAUUUCUAACUCGGCUUGGCGAUUGCAAGAAUACCGUCAAACACUUGGACAAAAGGAUUUCAAUCACUAUAAAGGAACAAGCUGGUAUGGAGGUUGAAAGCCUGUACGGAACGGCAUUGAGGACUUCCUCCACCUCGUCCACUAGGAGAAGUCACAGCGUUCCUGAGUAUAAUUUUGAGGUCAAAGUUGACAGUGGUUUGAAGCAAACGAAAGCGAAACUACAGGUCAACGUACAAAUCGGACGAUUAGUCGUGAUGAAGGGGGAAGAUAUUCAAAAAUUUACUCAGGACCAAGUUCUUCAAAUCAUCAAAAACCAUAAAUCUCGUUCUAAACUGAGCCUAGUCUACGAGGGAGGAAAGAAACGAGAAUACUUGUUUGAGAACAGUGGAAAGAGAGAAGCUUUUUGUCAAGUGAUGCAGUUACUGCGCAACAUGCACUCAAACAACACAGAACCGGACUUUGUGUCAAUCUUCAUCGGUGCUUGGAACAUGGGUGACGCUAUGCCUCCGGUGGACAUUCGGUCAUGGUUUCGGUGCGGAGGGAGUGGACGUACGUUAGAUCAAUCGGUUUGUGAUAUUUCACAUGAUAUCUACGCAAUCGGAACUCAGGAAACCGGUUUGCCAGAAAAGGAAUGGCUUCACAAAGUCACAGAAACCAUUUCGGAAAUCACAGGAAAGAAGCUGCACAUUGUCGCUAUGGAUGCGCUCUGGCAUAUCAAGAUUAUUUUACUCGUUAAGGAAGAGCAUAAGAACAGAAUCAGUCACGUCCAAACGUCUUCGGUCAAAACCGGAAUCGCAAAUACUCUCGGCAACAAGGGGGCAGUAGCGGUUUCAUUUCAAUUUGGGGGGACGUCAUUAUGCUUUAUUAAUGCUCAUUUAACUUCUGGCAAUGAGAAAUGUACGAGGCGAAACCAGAAUUAUCACGAUAUUAUGCGUUCUCUGAACCUUGGACACGAUCGGUGCUCCAUGUUCGAUUUAACAAAUCGAUUCGAUCACUUGUUUUUCCUCGGAGAUUUGAACUAUCGACUUGAGAUGGACGUUCACAAUAUUCUCGAACAUAUCAAGAAACGAGAUCUGAGUGAUUUGUACAAAGUCGAUCAACUGCGACGUGAAAAAGAAUUGAACAAAGUAUUUUAUGAUUUUAGCGAGGAUGAGAUUGCGUUUCAGCCGACGUAUCGUUACGAACGAGGGACACGCGAAGCUUACUCACAUCUGAAGAUCAAACGUACUGGGAUUCGAAUCAAUGUACCAUCGUGGUGCGAUCGAGUGUUGUGGAAAUCCUACCCCGAAACUCAUAACGUCUGCCACGCGUAUGGUUGCUCGGACGACAUCAUGACUUCGGACCAUUCGCCUGUUUUCUUCAACAUCCAAGUUGGGGUCAGAGGUCAAUAUGUCUCAAACGAAGGAUUAAAAUCUGGCAACCCAGAUUCCGCUAUGCAACCCGCUACUAUUAAAUUCGAGUCAAUAGAAGCAAUCUUGAAAGCCUCUGGAAAGUCGAACUUUUAUCUGCAAUUUCAUUCAACGUGUCUCGCAAGAGAGGAACGCACAUCUUCAAGCACAAAAUUCAACACAUCGGAAAUCGGCCAAAACUGUGUUCGUGUAAUCUGGGACAACCUGCCGGAACUUCGCCCAAUCAUCUCAGACAGAGAAUAUCUCGUUGAUCAACAUCUUCUCGUCUUAGUGAAAGGAGAAGAUGACAAUGAUGCGUACGCUGAGUUUGUUUUAGCCUUGCGGUCCAUGAUCGGGACAUGUCCGCAGAAGUUCAACGAACAUUUAACUCGGAAAGGUGAGGACGCAGGGAGGGUACAAGGUUCAAUGCACGUAAAGACGAGAGAUAGCACGCUUAGUAGAAAAGAAAAAGAAUACGACUUCAUACAAUUCGGGAAACGUGAGGAAGUUGAGCCUGUCCUAUAUUCUGACGCACCAGAACCGACCUCUCGUGACCCCACUCGUAGUUCAAUGUUGAGCAAUGUAGCCUCGAAAAUAGCAGGCAUGACGUCUAAGAUUGGGAGUAAUCUGCAACCCAAAGUGACAAAGGCUGCCCCUCCCCAGAGUUGGUCUCGUUCCGUUGAUACUCGCCCUCCUAUGGCGGCCCCCACUCCUCCUCCACAGCAAUUCCCACAUGAGUCGCAGCAUAUACAACCUGUCACAUACGGGGAGACGUAUCAACGAGCUGGUGCACCACCUAGUGGAGGAAUUAGUCCGCAGAAGAAUAAACAAAACAGUCCGACGUUUCCAGCGAAGUUUCCACACAAUCGACCCACUUCCGACCCCCCGACCCUUGAUCUGUCCGGUUUACCGAUUCACACAAAUAGUUCGACACCUUCUCCAUCGAACCUCGAUGCUGUGAUUGCGGAAUUUGAAGCUGCAGGGAGUCUGUUUGAAGCCUUGACUAAGCAAGAAAAUGAAAGCAUGCCUCACCAGAAUCAUGAUUCAUCUCCGCGGCAUUCACAGCCUAAUUUGUGGCAUAGCACUGACGCCAGGCAAGCCUUGCCUUCGUUCAAUAACACUGCUCCUCGUCAACCUGGUUUUGCUCCGCCUUCAAGAGCUCCUGUCAACCAAUCAUACACCCCUCCAUUGCAAUCGAGGACUGUGAUUGGACAAUCUUCAACACCGCCUCUCCAAUCAAGAACUGUGAUUGGUCAAUCAUCCGGAUCGUAUUCCUAUUCAAGAAAUAUGAUUGGACAUGGAAAUCCAGUGCUCCCUCCCCCCUCGGGGCCCGCCCCUCAACUUCCGAAUCGUGGCAAAAGUUUGCAAUUAGCGGGGGUCACGACUCCAAUAGUAUCCAUACAGGACAUGAUGUCGCGACUCGGUUUAUCUCAAUAUACUACGGCACUCACCGAUAGCGGAUGGGACAACCUCGAAUUCCUCAGCGAUAUCACUGAUGCGGAUCUGCAAGACUGUGGAAUAGUCAAUGAAGACCACCGAAGGUCGAUAUUGAGCUGUGUAGAAAACAUGGAUUAUGCGGAACAACCUCUUUGAUUCGAAGAAGUCUUCUGACAUGGAAAAAGUUCUAAAGAAUAGUCUCAAAACAGUCACCCAUAUUCAUUCAUGCCAUAUAAUUUAAGAAUAAAGAAAUAUCUUCUCCAUUGUAAAGUCCCCCUUUUUAGAAUUUGUCAAGUCUCGCAUCCCCCCUCAAAAAUAACCAGCUAGCAAUAAACUACAAAUAACAGAUGGCGAAAGUAUGUUUUAUUCAAAAAAUGAAUGAAUGGAACGUAAAUAAAGAAAUUAAUGGAAAGUUUCGAAAUGUGAAUAUCCAAAAUAAGACGGGAAAAAUCAAAUCUAACAAAUAUUUUUAAUUAGUUUCACGCCCCCUCAAAAAAUACCUCCCCCUCCACCUUGUGGGGCCACCCUUUACAAUGAAUUUUAAAAAUUCAGUUUGCAUUAUAAGGAACCUUAUUCAAAAUUGUCAAAAUAUUGAUCGAUACCAAAUGGGAUUUACCAAAUCUAAUAGCAUAAGACAUAGAAUGCAGUAUUUUUUCUGGCAAUGCCCUAGUGGCUGAAAAAGAUUUGGCUUUAACUUUGACGACAUCGCAGAUUACACAUUUUGAAUUCAAAUCCCAUGCACACACCGCAUCUGGGGUGUGAUGCCAAUAAUAUUUGCAAAUAGAGAUAACUUUUAAUUUGAUUCAAUAGUCUUCACACUAACAGAUAUAUAUUUCUGUAAUGUAAGACUUCCCAAGACAAGCAUAAGUCUGUUCUCGCAUUUGUGUUAGUCUGCAGCAAGGCUCUUGGAAAGCACGAAAUAGUCAUCUUUACCCUUAUAUGGACUAUAUAUGUAUGUUGCAAGGAUGCUGUGGCAAGAGUGGAGAUGACUAUUUCAAGUAAUUUAAUUGUCUUGCUGCACAACAACACAAAUAUUUUCUGUAACAUGAGACUACAUCAGACAAGCAUAAGUCUAUCCUCGCAUUUGUGUCAGUCUGCAGCAAGGCUCUUGGAACACACGAAAUAGUCAUCUUUACUCUGAGAUAGAGAGACUGUAUUAUAUUGCAAGGAUGUCAUAGCAAGAGUAAAGAUAACUAUCCUAAGUGAUUCAAGAGUCUUGCCGCACACUAACACAAAUAUAUUUCUGUAACGUUUCGUCUGACCAAGGUCAGCAUCAAACUUCGUCCAUGGUUGAAUAAUCGGGUAAACCAUGACAGACCUCUUAUCUUCAUUUGCUGUGCACGAUUUUGUUCAGAGCAGCUACAAGCAGUUUGAGUCAUUUUAUAAUAUUUUGAACAUAAUGAUUUUCCGCUGUUUUUAUUCUCAUUAUAUCUCAGUGAAUCUAAAAGUCAUUUUUACUUUUAUAUGAUUUCUUUAUAUUUAGUCUAAAACCUAUUGAGCUGUAUAUUCAGGGGCGGGCAAUGUUUUGAAUACAGAUGCCACUUUUGGAUUUAUGAUUCGAAUCCCUUUUUUUUCGAAGCGAUUUGAAUCAGAUUUAUGGCAACCCUAGUUUUCACCUUCGAGCUCAGUCGUGACCAUAGGAAUUUGCUGGGGCUUCACUUUUUAAUGAGUACGUUAUAAAUGUACCACAAAUGUCUUAUUAUGAACCAGUAUUUCAUUUUCUCUAAAUUAUCCAGAAAAAACAAGUAAUGUUUUAUUUGUUUCUAAAGAUUGGAAACUGCUGUCAGUCAUUGUAGUUGGGUGACAUGAAUCCAAGAGAAUAGUGAUAAUUCCAUUUUUGUUGAAUUUUAUCUUUUUCCAAAAAAUUGCUCAAGGCUUUUAUGGGCUGUAACAAAAUCACAUCGUGGCUCCUAGUUUGCCCACCCCUUGUGUUGUUGUCCGCCAGGAAGCCAUGAUUAUCAGACAAGUCAAACUGUCAUAAAAGUCGGCGGCCUGCAUAGAAUCAUAGUCGUUUUUCGAAAACUAAUUUUGUUUAGUUUUCAUACCUGACAACCUUUUUCUCUGAAGCUUCACUUCUAGAGCUUUGGUUACUGAGUUUGCAUCGGACGCAAAUGUCUUUUCUGGUCAGAGUAGCUUUUUUAACGACCUAAACCCUGUUUAUUCCUGUUGGGAAUCCAUACUUGUAGUUUUCGUCUCUGGAGCUCCACAGAGCUGUAGCGUUUUGAGUUGAUCAUGUUUUUACUGUAGUGCAAACUUUUUAAAAGACAUGGGUUCUGUUUUAAUAUUUUCCCAGUCCCAAAAGCAGACGUUGAAGCUGGAUUUGACAGGAUUCUUCUCGUUUCUGAAUUCCUUUUAGCUCAGAGUAGCUAUUUAAUUUAAAUUUGUUGUCAGUUGUGAAUUAUCUUUGACUCCUGAAACCUGUCUGGGGCAAUUCGUGAGUCUUUUAAAAGAAGCCAAUUUUGAGAUUUUAUCAAAAGUUUCAUUUUAUUAUUAUAUCCUUACAAUGUGCUAAAAUAAAUUUGUUUAUUAUAUCAUAAAGAGCAUCUGUCUGCAAGUUUGUUUAUUUAUUUUACCGAAAUCAUGCAUUGUAUAUAUAUUGCUGAAUAAGCUUCUUAUAAGAGCUGAAUCAUAGCGUACUGCAAAUAUAUAUUUUUAACAUUUAUAUAUCAUACUAACCGCUAGAGGUCGUAUAUUAAUUAUUUUGAGGGGGUUCUGAUGGAAUUUUUAUAUCACACUGUAACAAUGUUUAUAUUUUCUGUAGUUUCUCAGUGGAUGCUUGGAUCCAUUUCGCUGUUUCCUCCCCUCCAAAGUUUAAUCGCAAUCCACCUGCAUUGUCAUGGACUCUGGCUUUCUUAUUUAUCCCGCAACCAUCACUGAUCUAAAUUCCAACUGCCCACACAAACAGUGACUGAUUAGUUGGUAGGUUUUACUUUAGAUAUUUGCAAAGGGGUAAAUGAAAAAAUAAAGAGUUGAAAGCCCCUGGAUAAAACUUGCUCUUGCUCUAUGUAUUCUUGAACAGGAUAAGAUUUGUAUAUUUAUCACAGGGAAAGGGUUAUCAUAUGGCGAAACACAGCCUCUCGUCCAGUUACCAGUCCAUGUCAGGUAUGGGAAUAUGUACCUGACUAGUUAUUUGUUUCAGAGCCGUGGACUUGAGAUUUGUCACAAUUCAUUUUCAUACAUAAUCUAGUUAUGUAGAAUCAGGUCUUAUCACAUAAUUCAAUUUACUCAUUUCCAAAUUAUUUUCAGUCAAGCGUGACUGGACAGCAGGGCUCCCAGAUAUUCUGGCUUGUUCCAAGUAUUUCUAAAUUGAUUUAUUUAGAAGCAGGAAGUUAGAUCUGCUUUUGUGAUUAUACUUUGUAAAUAACGGAACCGUGAUAUAAAGUAUUUCGAUCCCUCAGCGAACAUUCAGCUCUGUAUUAUUUCUACAUCAUUCGAGCAAUCUUUUUCAUACUGUAACAAAUUGUGAUUUAUUCAAGUUGUUGCUCCCACUUUUCCUGUUAUUUUGACCUAUAAUCAAGUCCUUGUGACCUUUGGAGCGAGGAUUUGUGACCCUAGGCUGAAUUCCUGUGACCUUGAAGUGGGUACUUGUGACCUUGAAUCGACCUUGUAAAAGGUCAUUGUAUAUGACCUUGCCUUCAGAAAAGUUCCAAGAAUCCUUGACCAACAAAUUGUAUCAAUUUUCACUUUAAUACCAUUGGCUCACUUCAGUCAAUGUUUGGCCAAUAAAAUUUGAGAGAAUUCAAGAAUCAAUUAUGUGAUUUUUUCAAAUGAAGCAAUUCAAUGCUCAUUGAAGCAUAAAUCCCCUCUAAUCACUGAAACUUGACUAAUUGCAGAGCUCAAAAUCAAAUCUUUUUAUGCAAUAUUAACAUUUUCGCUAUAUUCUUAGUUCUUUACAAUACAGCAAUGGAGAACCCAUAUUAUUAUAUUCCACUAUCAGCCCGACUCUGGCUCAUAGAAGAGGCGACAUUAUAGUUUACUUUUGCAUUUUGGACAUGUUAUUAUUGAUCCAUGUAGGUUGGCGAUCCCUGGGUGUGAGAUAUAAUUUAUUUUAAAAAAUGUACAAAAAUACAGGAAAGCUGCCAAAACUUCAAUUCUAACCAUAUGACCUAAAGCAGGGCUACUCAACUGGCUGGCCACGGUCCGAAUCCGGAUCUUUUGGGUAUUCGCUAAUAAUCAUUAGUCAGCCGAGGAAUUGCGUGUUUAAACAUGCCGAAAUAUAAUUUCUGACCCAAAUAUUUUUGAAGUUUUGUAUGCGGACCUUCGGUAAAAAUAGUUGAGUAGCCCUAGCCUAAAGUACCACAUGAGCAAUCCCACCUCAUGAAAUUUCCGUCUUCCUGGACACAAUGACUUUGUGGCCUUUAUUCAAGUUACCUCUAAAUCAGUGGUUCUCAAACGUUUUAAGCCUCGCCCCCUUUUAUACUUUGUCAAGUCCCGCGCCUCACCUCCAAAACAGAUAGUAUGGCGGAAGUAUUGUUCUAUUCAGAAAAAUACGUGGAUGGGACGCAAAUAUCCUAAAUAAAGAAAUGUAAAUAUCCGAAAUAAGACGGGCAAUAUCAAACCUCAAGAAAUUGUCUACGCCCCACAGUUUGAGAACCACUGCUCUGAAUUAUUAUUCAACUGCUCGAGGUAUUGCUGCCAAUUUUACUCUUCAGUUCCUCCGAGAGCAUUUGUAAUUGCACUCAUAAUUAAAUAAUUUUCUUCACUCCCGCUUGCCGCAGUGGUAUGAAUCCGAUUUAAUAUGCCUACUCUAACCAUUUGCCUGAAGUUUUAAUUCUAAGUCAGAACAGAUAGCAAGUGAGACGCGACAUUAUUGUAAAGAAAAAUUUACCGUAAAGCGACCACCCGAGUUCCUAUGGGCUCCAUUAUAUCCUUGCAACUGAAUGUUCGCAGUUUUCUUUUGUGUCAUCUUUUUUUAUAUUUUUGCAAUACACGGAGAUUAUGCAACAUGA